AUGAACCCCAAUGUCACCUACGCCAGUCGCAAGCGGCGGAAACCUGUGCAGAAAAUUGUAAAGCCGUCCCCAGCUGAAGGAGUCAAGUCCAAUCCAUCCAAGAGGCACAGGGACCGCCUGAAUGCGGAGCUGGACCGCUUGGCGAGCCUGCUGCCUUUCCCUCAAGAUGUUAUCGCCAAAUUGGAUAAGCUGUCUGUGCUUAGGCUUAGUGUCAGUUACCUGAGAGCUAAAAGUUUUUUUGACGUUGCAUUAAAAUCUUCUAACUCUACAAGACCAGAAAGAAAUGGCAUUCAGGAAACCUCUACAACAGGAAAGUGUGGAGAAGGGAUGCAGAUCCUGGAAGGAGAACUCCUAUUGCAGGCAUUAAAUGGAUUCGUGUUAGUUGUUACAGCAGAUGCUCUGGUUUUUUACGUCUCUUCUACUAUCCAAGACUACUUGGGAUUCCAACAAUCAGAUAUUAUACACCAGAGUGUAUUUGAGUUGAUUCACACAGAAGACAGACCUGAGUUUCAACGACAGCUACAUUGGGCAUUAAAUCCUGCCCAGCCAGGAGAUUCUGGACCCAGUGUACAAGGAGAUAAUGGUUUUUCACAGCCAGCAACCUAUUAUAACCCAGACCAACUUCCUCCAGAGAAUUCUUCCUUUAUGGAAAGGAAUUUCAUCUGCAGGUUACGAUGUCUCCUGGAUAAUUCAUCUGGAUUCCUGGCUAUGAAUUUUCAAGGACGAUUGAAGUUUCUCCAUGGACAAAACAAGAAAGGGAAGGAUGGUGCCACUUUGUCUCCUCAGCUUGCACUGUUUGCAGUAGCUACUCCCCUGCAGCCACCAUCUAUCCUUGAGAUACGAACCAAAAACUUCAUCUUCAGAACUAAACACAAACUGGAUUUCACACCUACUGGCUGUGAUGCAAAAGGAAAGAUUGUCCUGGGAUACACCGAAGCAGAGCUGUGUAUGAGAGGAACAGGAUACCAGUUUAUUCAUGCAGCUGAUAUGCUUUAUUGUGCUGAAAAUCACAUCCGAAUGAUGAAGACAGGUGAGAGUGGAAUGACUGUAUUUAGGCUUCUAACCAAAGAAAAUCGAUGGGCCUGGGUACAGGCGAAUGCACGUCUUGUCUACAAAAAUGGAAGACCAGAUUACAUCAUUGCCACACAAAGACCUCUUACAGAUGAAGAAGGGGCAGAACAUCUACGGAAGCGUAACAUGAAGUUGCCCUUCAUGUUUGCCACUGGUGAGGCUGUGUUGUAUGAGGUAUCUUUCCCUAUGUCGAGCCUUAUGGACCCCUCUCAACCAAAGAGUAAAAGCACAGUGGGGAAAGGAGCCAAAGCAGCGCUACACGAUGAUUCUGUGGAUCCAAACUCCCUCCUAGGUGUCAUGUUAAGGCAAGACGAAUCUGUUUAUCUCUGCCCUCCAGCAUCACAUAAACUUUCUUUUGAGCGGAACGUCUUUGCAGACAGUAGGGAUGAACUGGGUGGUGUUGUUAGCAGUGGCUGGACAGACAAUCUCCUACCUGCUGGAAAUCACAGCAUUCUCAAACGGGAGCUGAUGGAAUGUUCCCAGGACAGUACUGUUCCACUUCCUGAAGACAGUGCAGCACUCUUCCAGGAUAACAAAACCAGUGAUUUGUACAGCAUCAUGAAAAAUCUGGGUAUUGACUUUGAUGAUCUAAAGUAUAUUCAGCAGGAUGAGGAGUUUUUUAAAACUGAAUUAUCUGAUAUGGAUGAUAUUGGGGACAUCAACAUAACUGAUGAAAUCCUGACAUAUGUUCAGGAUUCCUUAAAUAAAUCUGACUUCUUAUAUUCAGACUGUAACCAGCAGCAGCCCUUGGUCCAGGCUGAAGGUUGCAUGGUACAGCAAGACUUAGGUCCACAUCAACUUCAUCAGCACCAGAAACAGCUUCUGGAACAGCAACAACAGCAGCAGCAGCAGCAGCAGCAGCUCUGUCAAAAGAUGAAACACAUGCAAGUCAAUGGGAUGUUCACAAACUGGAGCUCUGGCAUGCCUCUUAGCUGCUCACAGCAGCAGCCCCAGCAAUACAUGUUCCCUGGCAUGCAUGCCAGUACAUCUGAGUUCUCUUACAAAUCUGAAGUUAACACUUCCCCUUAUGAGUGUAGGCAAGACUUUGCUCCUUACAAGCAACCCACAGCGAUGAUGCCACAGCUUUCUAACUUUGCUCAAAUGGAUUUUCCUGCAGCAGGGUUUGAUGGAUCGACCUAUUCUGCUUCUUCCAACUUUGAGGAUUUUCUCAGUUGUUUACAGCAAGUCCCUGAAAACCUGGAGUGUGGGAUGAACUCUGAGUCAGUUAUGCUCACUCCUCAAACAUGCUACGCAGGAGCUGUUUCUAUGUACCCAUGCACGCAGGAGGCACAGCCCAGCUGCGUGGAACAAAUGCAAUAUGAUUCUGUGAUGACAAAUCAACAACAAACACUGGGGAACAAGUUCCAAAAUGGUUUCAAUGGAGGAAAUGUAAAUGAAUCGUAUCACUCUCAGUUAGAUGUGAUCAGUAAUGCACAGACUGCCACACAUCUUCAGCCUCUUCAUCAUCCAAAAGAACCCAGAUCCUUCUCAGAUUUGGCAUCUAGUGGAUUUAUGUGA